AUGGGCGCUGCUCCGUGCGCGCGGGUGGAGCGCCCCACAGGGCCACUGUCACGGGAGACGCACGAGGAUUUACAGACCUUCGACCGCGCAUUGUUGGCGCAGGUGAAGAAAGGGAAGGUUGAGGAGAACUACGAACUCCUAGAAGAGUUGGGCCAUGGAAGCUUCGGGGUGGUCAAUCGUGCCAGAGACACCCGGAGCACAUGCGUCUCAAUGGCCACGUAUGUGGCAGUGAAGACAAUACCCAAAAAGAAGAUUUCAGAUCCAAAGUCGGUCAAAGAUGAAUUCAACGUCAUCCGGCAAUUAGAUCAUGCACAUAUUUGCAAGGCCUAUGAGUGCUAUGAGGAUCGCCGGCAUAUUUAUUUGGUGAUGGACAUUUGUUCUGGUGGCACCUUACUGGAGACGUUGUGCGUCCAGCAGCGCUUUCCAGAAGCUCAGGCGGCGAAAAUCAUGCGCCAGACCUUAUCUGCGCUGCUGUAUUUGCACCAGGCCAAUUUCAUUUUCCGUGAUUUGAAGACGGAGAACAUUAUGUUUGCCAAGCCGGUGAAGGACCGGCAGUUCCGCGAGACCGGCACGCAUGAAGAGGGUGAGGUGGGCAACAUCAAGCUCAUCGACUUCGGCCUCUGUUGCCCCUUCCGCCCCGGCGCCAAGAUCACCAAGGCCGCCGGGACGCCCUACUCCGUGGCCCCGGAGCUGGUGACGCCGCCCGUGCAGUACGACCAACGGUGCGAUUCCUGGAGCGCUGGCGUGGUGAUGUUCAUCGUGCUGAGUGGACAGUAUCCAUUCCAUGGGAAGACCAAAGACGAGCUCUUGAACAAAAUCCGAGCCUUGGAUCGCAGCAGCAGAAAAGAGCCCGUAAGCUUCAAGAAUCCCCGCUGGAAGAAGAUCUCCAAGGACGCCAAGUCCAGCGUGGCGGAGCUGCUCCGCAAGAAGCCCGAGAACCGCUGCUCCAUCGCCGACGCGCUGCGGCACGUGUGGCUCAAGGCCAAUGUGACGCUGCCCAGCGCUGAAGUGAUGAAAGGCAUGGUUGAGACGAUGAUCCAAUUCCAAGACCUCAACAUGCUCCAGAAGGCGGCCUUGACGGCCUUGGCGUGGCGCGCCAGCGACGAGGAUACUCAGCACUUGCGGCAGAUCUUCGAGUGUUCCUGUGGCCGAGCGGCAGCAGGGCAGCGCGCUGAAGCGCACCAAGCGGACUUCGUGGACAAGGGCAUCAACUUCAACGUGGGUGUGGAGCUGCCUGGUGAUCUCAGCAUUUGUGGCGUGGGCACCGAUGGGAACGACACCAUCGAAUACACCGAGUUUUUGGCGGCGGCCUUGGACAAGAGCAAGGACAUCGUAUGGCAGGCCUUCAAGAUCUUCGACUCCGAUGGCAGCGGCACGGUGACCAAGGCGGAACUCUUAAAGCUGCUGACCACCGGGCGGAGUGACAAGGCCAAGCACGAGAAGGAGUCUAAGACUAUUGAGGCAUUUUUAGACAGUUAUGACACCUCGGGCGAUGGCGUUGUCGACUUCAGCGAAUUUUUACAUAUGCUGGAUGAAAGCCAGGACCCGCACAGGCACAGGCCGGUGGUGGCAAAGAUUGAGAGCCCAGCAAAGGUUCCAGAAAUGAAUUCAUAUCUUGACCUUUGCGCCAGUAUCACUAGUGCACCCUGUGAAAAAGAGCAGGUGGCACACCCUGUACCAUCUAGACAGACCUCCAAGCGCUUAUCCAAAGCGUCUCAUCAAAAAUGGCCAGCAGGUUGUUGUUCAGAAGCAUCGAUAUGGCACAACAAUCAGGAGGGUGUGAGUGCUUCUUGCAUGGAUGCUCUUAAUUGA